UUUUUUUUUUUUUUGGAUUUCAAAAUAACUUUUGGGAUUUGCAAUUGUUUCAAAAAGCGAGUGCUGUGUUCAGACACCUAUUUGGCUCAUUUUAUUUGACCUUGCAUUGCUCCCUCGCAGUGAAGAGGAGGCAGGAUUUUGACACCUUUGCGCGUCAUUUCAUGUCUUUUGUACUUUCUUUUCUUAUUGGUGCCAAAUUUGAAGUGUGGCAGGGAUGUAUUUUUCGUUCCACUUUUUUCCAUCGUGGUCUUCACUUAAUCUUAAACAUGUAGUUCAUGUAAUGUAUGAGUAGAGAAAACCGAAAAUAUAGUGACACUCUGUGAUGACAUCGAAUCAGCAAAACUUCUAUACAUGUUAAGAAACAUUUUGAAAUCAGGCCCGACGAAAGGCCAUGUCAGCCUAGUCGGAAAGUAGGAGCCCGGCCCUUGGGGGGGGGGGGGGGGCGACGACACUGGACGCAAAACAAGAAAUCAAGAAAAAGGAAGAAAAAAAAAGAACGAAGGGGGGGGGGGGGGACUCCGAAUAAGAGAAAACGUAAAGAUUAAGUGAAAUUUACUCCUUUGAUCUUUACUCUUAUGGCACUUAAAAUACAGUUAAUUGUUUUUCUGGUAAGCAGUUUAAGUUCUCUCUGCAAGAGCAGUUCUCUUUGCGUUUCUUUUUUUCCCUUUUAUUCUCUUUUUAUUCCUUUAUUUUCUUCUUUACUCACUUUUCUUUUCUUUUUCUUUUUUCGGGUGGUGGGAGAGGUCCAGUGACAUAACUGACAGGAGACCCGCCAAGGUUCUCUGCGGCCCCUGUUUGAAAUACUGAUAAUUAAUCGACAAUUAAAUGCCUAUGCAUUUGGAGCCUCUGUUGCUUGUGCAUGGAAAAUUUCUAGAAAGGUUUUCCCCUUAAGUUAUAUCGUUAACCGAUAUUUUGACGAACAUACUGACUUGGGCAGGAAAAGGGCAGUAACUGCAAAUUUUUCUUUUUUCUCUCUUUUUUUUUUUUUUUUUUUUGUCAUCUAUUGUACGUUAGCUCUAUUGUACAAGCUUGCUUAUUUCAUUUUUGUUGAAAAAAAAGACCGAAAAAAAUGUCUAAUUCUCUAUUGGUAGUAUUGAAUCCAAAACGCGUUUUUUCUGAACAUCUCGAAAACUUAUUUCUGCAGAUACUGCCCGCGGCAUCAUAGCACUCCCAAAACUCUUCAAAAUUAGAGCCGAAAAAUUCUCGAGCAUAAAAAAAUGUUUUCAGGAAGUUUGCCUGGGCCUCUCCUCACCCUUCCCGCAAGCGGAUGAGGAGCAAUCGACAUCCCGAGCCUCUUAGUUCCAAACUUUUGCUUCCGACGAAAAGUUUUCUGCGGACGCUCAUAGCGCCAAUUGCUAUCGAUGCGGCAGCGCCGGCAGCAGAUCGCCGAUUUGCGAUGAGUUCCAUUCUCUCCCCGCGCCGCGGAGAGGAUAGCCAGUUGCUCCUUCCCCGGCUCUAGAAACCUGUCACUAACUCCUUGCUAUUUUCCUCGCCUCGGCUGCCUCUCUUUCUUUUCAAGAUCGGAUGAUGAUGUCAUUUUCUCUCUUUCUCUUAAAUACUUCUGACCCCCUUUCCGCCUCUUUAUUUAGUUAAUCGGGGGGAACUGUGGGCAUAGCAUACGAUGACAAGGAAGCUGUAGCGGCGCCAUCUAUUGGCGAUUGUGUCUCCUAAAAUGUGAGGUAUGAGCUUCGGUGGCGGAACUAAAAAUCCGUCGGUCAGCUUGUCGCACUAAAUACAAACCUGGAGGAUGAAGCUUACGAUCCACGAGCAGCGCUGGCAACAGCAGGAACUGUUGCUUCGGAAGUCGGAGUGGACUCCUCAAUUCAAAUCCCAUGAACCUCCUCAAAGACAAAAUUCGGUCGAAAACGCCUCGCUCUUCGCGGAGGAUUCAAGCAGUGCGGUGAAGCUGGACAAUAGGAUGCAGAGUGUGGUGCCAUGUAGUAAUAGUCAAUACUCAGGUGAGCGUAGUACGUAUGCGAAUCAGCAGGGUCAAGAUGACAAUCGAACGCGAAUUACUGCCAAAUGUGACUCUCGUAUUUUCGACAUGAAUUCCGCCAAAGUAGUGGAAUUUCCGUCACACAGAACAGAAAAUGUCGCAAGCACACAAUAUUUCAAAAGAGCCCAUAACUCGACCGAUACGUUCAGUAACUUCUCAAACCAGGAAAAUGCAGCUUCGGUGUCCCACGGCAGUGAUCCUGAUCCGAAUUCUGUCGAUCCGUACGCCAAACCAGAGAGUUGGACACAAAGUUCUCCGGUUGCUGGGCCUUCGGUGCUGGUCGAUGAUUCGAACAGUGGUGCGGCUGUGUCUUCAAGUUCUGGAAGGCAGCACUUGAUGGUGCAAAACUCUACCUCGCUGAGAUCUAAAAAAGAAUCGCCACGUGCGGGUCCUCGUGUAAAACGCGAACGGAAAACCAAAGCAAAGCAAAAGAAUAUUGCUUUUGAAAACGACGAAGAACAGGAGGACACGAAAACACAAAUGAGGUUCCCCAAAUGUGCUAGAUGUUUGAAUCACGGUAUACGCGUCCAGAUAAAAGGGCAUAAGCAAUUCUGUUCCAAAAAAGACUGCUUCUGCGAGAAGUGCAUACUCGUUCACGAGCGGCAAGUUUUGAUGGCAAAACAGGUGUCACUGAGAAGAGCACAAGAUCAACUGAGGAAGAAAUAUGAGGAAAUUAAAAGGAAAAUGGAUGCUGGUAUAGCAAUAGUCGAACCUACUGAAAGAGAGAUUGCGAAACGGAUUGCUAAUGGAGAAACGCUUGAGAACUUUCAGGAUAAAAUGUAUGUUGUAACUGAUAUCUCUAAAGCGAGUGCUAGUCCUCAAAAACGAGAUUCUGUUGGCAGAAAAAUUCGUAAGUAGAAACAAAAAUUCCACAUUUUAAUUUUUUUAAUUAACUUGAUAAAUGAUGUAAAUAAUGUAAGAUUCGCGCAUUGUAACAUUUUCGUAGCUGGGUAAAGACAUUUUACUAAUGAUUCACUCAAUUUGUGCGUGUGUUUGUGCCAUUUAGUUAUCUAUCUAUACAUAUGUAUGUGCGUGUGCACGUGGUGUGGAAAGUAGUAAAAAAAUCCUUUCUUUUUCUUUUCUUUCUUUUUUCUGCUCUUUCUUUCCCUUUUUUUCUUUAUCUCUUUCUUUUUUGUAAUGACCACUAAUUUUACUAACAUGCUUAUUCUUGUGAGGUAAAUUACAAAUUUUGGCAGAAUAUUUUCUUUGUGUACUACUGUAUUUAUUUAUUAAUUAAUUUAUUAAUUCAUUUUAUUUAUUUUUUUAAUUUUGAGAAACGUCAAAAUUAAUAUAACUUUGAACAUUCGCUCCUUGAUUGUAAUAUUUGUGCGCAUUUGAUGCAGCUAAGGAAAUUUAAAUGAUCACUUUGAAGUUAAUGAUUCGGGAACUACCUAAUAAUAUUUCCUUUAACAAACAUACAGCAAAGCUAAAAUUUACGUUUAUUAAGUUUUCAAACAGAAUUUAAUCAAUAUAAUUUCCAUUUCUCGUAUCUUUGCAUUGUUAUCUUGUUCUAUCUUUGAUGACAUUGGGGUGAUUUAUUUAUUUAUAUUUAUUUAUUUUUUUUGCUUUUACGCGAUUACUUGUAGUAUUGAUCGCUUAAUGCUCUUUUCUCCUUUGCAAUGUGCGAAUUCAUUAAUUAUUUGUUAAAUUUCGGCACAUGAACGUUUUUCCGACAGAUCGGACUGUAAGUUUGUUUCCAUUGAAUCCCUCGAAAAAUGAUCGGCUAUUUGUUACGAACGUUUUUUAAGUCAAUCAAAUAAUGUAAUUUCUUUUAAAUUUUUUCUGUUUUAUAAAAUUUUGAACUCUUCAACUAUUUAACAUCACGGUAUUGCAGUUGAGAAUAAUAUAUUUUGCAUUUACGAUGUGUUCAAUUUCGCCGUGUUUUACCCUCAACACAGCCUGAAGAUUUGCAUGCAUUGACUCUCUAAAAAUUAGGUUAUUUUGCUGCAAAAUAUUUUAUUAAAGCUGUCAUUCGACAAAAUUCUCGGGAAAAACAUUCGACGCAAAAAGAGAAUUUUUAAUCACUAUUUGAGUCUUUAAAAUGAAUUUCAUUUCAUUGAAACUUGUACCUCAAUGGUCUUCGAUAAUGUGUUUCGCCAGUGUUUUUUUUUUUUUUUUUUUUUUUUUUUUUAACCAUUACAAGUUUCAAGCAUGUUCGUAGCAUCAAUUUUUAAACUAGAAACAUUUUUUAACACUCUACAUUACGAUAUCUUUCUUAUUUUCCAUUUUAUCAUUAGCGUAUAACUAAUAGCGUUUUGUAUUCCGUUGGAAUCACGAGGCUUCUACUCGGGAAAUUAUUAGUCCAUAUAAUCAUUAUAGUUGAAUAAUUUUCAUAAAAUGCCGACCAGAAUGUGCCAAGUGGAAUGGAACAAUAUUUCUAUUUAUUGCUUAUUUGACAAUAAAUAUAAAUAUUCCAAAAAGUUAUAUGCCAUCAGUAUGCUGUUAAUGUAUGAUAAUGGAUGGAAAUAUUUUGUUAGAAACUAAUAACUGAAUAUAUAUAUAUAUAUAUAUAUAUAUGUUGUUGUUUUUUUGAAUUUGUUAAGAAAUUGCGAUAGUUACAUAAAAAAGUUACAUCCAAGCA